AUGGAUCUGAAAACCUAUGCCUACAGUGUGGGUGCGGACCCGAAGGAGCUGGUGGCGUUUCUGAAAGCUGGAGGAGGAGUGCUGCUAGGAGGGCAGGCCUGGAGCUAUGCUGCAGAUCACCCUAUGGAGAACACGCUGCUUCAGUUUGAUGGGAAUAAAGUUUCUGGUGUGGCAGGUGUCUACAUAUACACGAACCAGGGUAUGGUAGAGUGCCUGCCUGUCUACCCUCAAAUCCCAUCCUCCUGGAUGUCCAUAUCAUUCCUGGCAGGAGCCUACUAUGGCCAAGGACGAGUCAUUGUGGUUUCACAUGAAGGGCUUCUGGGACAAGAGGCACUGGCUCCAUUUUGGAACAAUGCUUUACACUGGUUGGAUGAAGGCCGACAGGGGGUGAUUGGUGUUGAGCCUGAUCAUGCCCUUAACAUUCUCAGAAAGUCUGGGUUACAGUGUGAGAAGACAAACCUAAGAGAAGGCCUGAGUGUGUUUGUGUGUACCGCAUACAAAAAUGAUCUUGUGAAAGAAAUCCAAGACUUUGUGGUAGAGGGAGGAGGCCUGCUGGUUGGGGGCCAUGCCUGGUACUGGGCACAGACACACAGGGGUCAAAAUCCAUUGACUGAUUUCUCAGGGAACAAAAUCCUGAACAAAAUGGGUUUGGGCUUGUUGGGGGCAACAAUUGGAGGAGGAAUAUACAAGGCCCCUGACCCCAGCCAGGCCAUCAAAGAUACCUACCACUUCCGUCAUCUUCUAAAUCGCUUUGCUGGCCAUGUAACCGAUGGUGAAGAACUUACAGAGAAUGAGGAAGAAUAUCUUAAAAAACUAGGCAGCGACUGCUCCAACUUCUUGAACAUGAAGGCUCACGACUGCUCCUCCUAUCAGCAGAUUGUGUCCACACUCACUGACAUCUUAAUGAAGUGUGGCAUGCCACAGGUGUGUGAAAGCAACCCUGUGACUAGUCCCAGAGACCAUCUACUGCUCAAUGUGGGUCCACAAAUAUAUAAGGUUCACCCAAAUCCUGAUGCUCUCUUGCCCCACCUCAUCAAGAAUAACCCACGGUUGCCUGUUGUGUAUAAUGCAAGGAUCAGGAUUAAUGCCAACACAGGAGGAGAUGAGGAGUGGCUCAGUACAGGUCUCUAUCUCUCUCCUGGUAUGAAGACCUACUUGGUCAUACCAGCAGCGAUUGUCGACAAGGAAUGGAAGAUCCAGAUAGGCUGUCAAACAGACUAUCUGGGCCAUGCAGAGCUGAAGAGAGCACCGUGUGUUCAUGAACAGAUUCCCAUAACAAAAACAAUGAUGCAGGUGUGGAACCUGUGGGGGGGACUCAUCUACGUGGUGGCUCCACCCAAUACACAAGUACAGGGGCUAGAGGUCAUAGUGCAGAUAGCUGUACCUGCACCAUAUUAUAAAUCUGGUGAGACAAAACUUGGCGCGUGGUCCUUGUUGCGCACAGCUCCUUCGCCCUGGGCAGAGUUGGAGUUUGAAAACAUCAUCCUUACUGUACCAUCAGAUGUUGUUCGGAACCUAGAGCGCCCUGAUGAGUUAGCGGUGGUGUGGGAUGCCAUCAUGAGGGGCAUUGCUGACUUGGCUGCAAUACCACCCAAAUUUCCUCGCAAAGAACGUUUUGUAACUGAUGUGCAGAUUUCACAUGGUUGGAUGCAUUGUGGUUAUCCUGUCAUGGCAUACAAGUCCACAGCAGCUGAACUGGUCAGCGUUGUCCAUGCUAAGAGUCGAGGCCUUUGGGGUCCCAUUCAUGAACUGGGACACAACCAACAGAGAAGCUGCUGGGAGUUCCCCCCACACACCUCAGAGUGUACAUGCAACCUGUGGUCACUGUAUGUGCAUGACGAGGUGCUGGGAAUCAACAGGGCACAGGCUCACCCAGCUAUGGCUUUAUCAGAGCGAAACAAACGCACAGAAAAUUAUGUUAAGGCAGGCAGAGAUCUCAGUGGCUGGGACAUGUGGGUAGCACUGGAGACUUAUGUGCAGCUCCAGGAGAAGUUUGGCUGGGGUGCCUUUAAGAAGGUGUUUGGAGCCUACCAUCAGAUGAGCAACUUUCCUGGUGACAACAAGGGAAAGAUGAACCUGUACGCUGAGACUUUCUCCAACACUGUGGGGCUGAACCUGUGUGGAUUCUUUAAGGCCUGGGGCUGGCCCAUCGAAACAGCCACUGAGGAGAAACUUUCCAACCUGCCUCCCUGGAGCGACCACCCCAUGGUCAAAUAUGGUUGAACUUCAGACUGCUGCUGACUAAAAGUGCAGAGAGAUGAGUUCAGUCUGUACCAGAAAACAAAAAUGCUGGAUGGAGAAUGGCCAUACAA